AUGGCUGCUAAUAGUAUUGCAUUCACACUCAUAUUCUGCUUGGGAUUGUGUGCUCUCCAAGUCACUUCUCGCACCCUCCAAGACGACUCUAUGUAUGAGAGGCACCAACAAUGGAUGAGUCACUAUGGCAAAGUCUAUAAGGAUUCUCAAGAAAGGGAGAGUCGUCUAAAGAUAUUCGCACAAAACGUGAAAUACAUUGAAUCAUCCAACAAUGCUGACAGUAACAAAUCAUACAAACUAGGCAUCAAUCAAUUUGCAGACCUCACCAACGACGAAUUCACAGCUUCUAGAAACAAAUUCAAGGGGCAUAUGUGCUCCUCAAUCACAAGAACAUCUACUUUUAAGUAUGAAAAUGCAAGUGCCGUUCCAUCCACAGUUGAUUGGAGGAAGAAAGGAGCAGUCACACCUGUGAAGAAUCAAGGACAAUGUGGAUGUUGUUGGGCAUUUUCUGCUGUUGCAGCAACCGAAGGAAUUCAUCAGUUGACUACUGGAAAAUUGGUCUCUUUAUCAGAGCAAGAACUUGUUGAUUGUGACACAAAAGGUGUGGACCAAGGUUGUGAAGGUGGUCUUAUGGAUGAUGCUUUCAAAUUCAUCAUUCAAAAUCAUGGACUCAGCACGGAAGCUCAAUACCCCUAUCAAGGUGUUGAUGGAACGUGCAGUGCAAACCAAGCAUCCACCCAAGCGGCUACCAUUACUGGGUAUGAAGAUGUUCCCGCCAACAAUGAGCAGGCACUGCAAAAAGCUGUUGCAAAUCAACCUAUUUCUGUAGCCAUCGAUGCUAGUGGUUCUGACUUUCAAUUUUACAAAAGUGGUGUCUUUACUGGUUCAUGUGGAACUCAGCUGGAUCAUGGUGUCACAGCCGUAGGUUUUGGUAUAGGCAGUGAUGGAACCAAAUAUUGGUUGGUUAAAAACUCAUGGGGAACUGAUUGGGGUGAAGAAGGAUACAUUAGGAUGCAAAUGGGAGUUGAUGCUGUUGAAGGACUAUGUGGCAUUGCAAUGCAAGCAUCUUAUCCCACUGCUUAA